CAUUCUUAUCCUCAAUCUCCAGACCUCGUCAAACCCUUUUCUCCCUUUUCUUGCAGCAGCAAUGGAUGUAAUGUUUGCUCAUCAGCAGUCGAGCUUGAAUCCGAACGCGCCGAUGUUCGUCCCCAUGGCUUACCAGGCGGUGGAGGACUUCUCCGAUCAGUGGUGGUCGCUCAUCCAAUCUUCCACCUGGUUCCGCGACUACUGGCUCCAGGAGCGCUACCAGGAUACCCAAUCUGAUUUCUUCCUCCCCGACGACCUCGAUUUCCUCGACGACGGCGCCGAUUUCCUCUGCUUCUCCCGCGGUAAAGUUGGUGCAGAUGAGAAGGAGGAGGAGGAAUUGGGGAUGAAAUGGGACAUGGUGUCGGUGGGAUCGACGAAAUGGAAGAAGAAGAAGAAGAAUGAUCGACGAAAUGGGCCGACGACGGUGGCGGUGGUGAGAGGGGAGGAAAGAGGGUGGGAAGAGGAUGGUGGAGGCCUGGAAUCGGUUGCUAUGAUGAAGCGGCUGGAUGGAGGCAGAUGGAUUUGUCUUCGAUUAGGGUUUUAG